AUGAAGCUAUUCGAUCGUGGUAGUGGUGGUGGUGGUGGCAAUGUUCCUGUCGACACCGAGAAAGACUCACUAAAGCGACCGUAUCCGGUAGCUUUUUCGCAAUAUGAUCCAGUAAGUAAACGUCCAUUACCAAUCAUACCUCAAAUGCAGAACAGUAUGCUUACACAUCAACAUUUGAUGCAACAAGCCGCAUUACAAGCCGCCAUGCAAGGCAGACCAUUACCGACAACUGUGCAGAACUCGUACUUCUCGCCACAUCUUCGUCCGAUAGACACGUCGGCCACACAACAGCUUCGCCCACCCGAUUCAGCUCAGCAGCUUCGAGUCCCUCUAGAUUCGGCUUCUGCUCAACAAAUGCGUCAAAUUGAUCAGCAAAAUACCGCCGCUCAGCAGUACCGAUCACAUGAACAGGCGAUGGCACAGCGGCUACACAGGCAGCUUCCAACACAGAUGAUGCAAAAUCAGGCAGUGCAAAUGCGAAACCAGCAAAUUGCUGUGCAAGAAUAUCAUAAUCUACUGAGGCUGGCUCAACCUACUGGGCUUCAACAGCCGAGACGACAAACAAUCUCUGGGAACAACGUCAACGCACAGAUGCCUUCGUCGGUAGCUCGACUUCAGCGGUCAGCCACUACUAUAGAGCCGUCUUAUUCCUCGUCUUUACAAUUUCCACAUCAAAUUUCGCCAACACUUUCAUCAUUGGCCACUUCACCCAUCUCUCUUGCUACACCCAUCCAACUUCAACAACAAAACCUACUUGCACAGCAAAUAAUGUCAAAUGCAAUGCGAGCUGCAGGCACCAAUAUGGCGCCACCACCACUUCAAAUGGUUUCCACCAGUAAGUCGCAGACAACUACCAAUUCCGGGACCGUUCAGCAGACAACAACCAAUCUAUCCGGCGGCAUGGGAGACGCCGAAUUUCUAGCCUUCUUAGAUAAUGUUCGCCAAAUUGAAGCUCAUCUAACACGUACGUUAGCUGAGAGCAUACAACGCUCAACAGCUGCGCAACAGCAAAGUUAA